AUGGCCGACGAAGUAGAAGCGUUUCUAGACGAAUUUAGGACAUUUCUCUCUCGGUUGCCUCAUGUUUACGAGCAGUUACGAUUAAAUCAAUUCACUCAAGCAUUGGAAAUUGCUGAUAAUAUGCUUUCAACUUCCGAGCGGACAUGUUCUUUGUGUGUUAUUUUUCUUUUUCUAUUUGAAUGUCGCGAGGAUGAAAUUUCUCAUGAAAUAGUGGAGAAAUUUCAAACUCUUAUUGGUCAAUACGAACAGUUCACAAGAUGCUACAGGGAUGUUAUUCAAAACCUGCAAGAACAAGAAAUGGACAACAGAUUUUGCUGUCAAAACGAACCGGCUUUUGUUGAAAAUUUAAGGGGAAGACCACAAUUCCGUGUUACAAGAGCACAAAUUGAAAGCCUUUGA